AUGGAUAAUUCUUAAAAUCUGCGAUCUCUCCUUCACAACAUUCCCCAUGAUGUCGGCUAUGAGAAAAUUCGGAAAUAUGGCCGAACCAACGGAUUUCACAAUAUAUAUUUUAGAAGAUAAAUCUGGUCCAAAUUAUUGGGAGUAGAUCAACAAUUACCAUACUAGGAAGCAGAGAAGUGUCUCCAACAUGAUUAGCUGUUGAAGGACGUCAAUCGAUCAUUGAAUACCAUACAGCAAGUCAAAAACUUUAAAGAAAUAGAUCAAUUAAGAAGAUGCUUAAUGGACGUCUUGGACACUAUUUUCAGCCAAAAUCCCAAUUACUCCUAUUAUUAAGGCUAUCACGAUGUGGCCUCAAUUUUAAUACUCGUCCUCGGCGUGGAACAAGGUUAUAUCGCAGCUACUUAUGCUGCCCAAAACUUCUUCAAAGACUACUUAGCUCAAGAAUUAUCUACUACAAUCACUCCACAAUAUCAAUUCAUUAGGAAUCUCCUGUUGCGAUACUCCAGAGACACCUCUAACCUUAAACUCAGACAAUUGAUGUUGUGCAUUGAACACCCCACCUGUGUUAUUCCAUGGAUUCUAACAUGGUUCUCUCACUCCCUAGACAAUAUCAACGAUAUCUGCAGAAUUUGGGAUUUCCUCUUGUGUUCCAAACAGAAUACUGUCUUGUAUGUUUGUGCUGCCUUCAUUGUCAUCCAUCACGAAGUCCUGGAUUUGAGAAAUGAAGACGACCUUAUUGGGGAAUUCUAGGAGUUGUUUUAGAAUCUGAAUAACAAAGAUAGAAUCUCAGACCUUAAAAUAGAAUAAGUCCUGUAAUUAACCAAGGCUCUAGAAAGCCAAUAUGGAUUUGAACUCAUUUGCGAUCAAGAACAUAUUUAAUUCUCUUAAAAGUUUAACAUUUAACUUAAUAUUAGCUCUAUUGUGUAUUAGCAAAACUUCAAAUCCCAAUUACCCUAUUACAAUUCCUUGGCUCAACUAGAAAAAUCUAUCCCGAAAAAAGUAUUCAACUUCUUCAACGAAAGAUAAGACAUCAUACUCAAUUUAGGAGGAAUCGCUUUAAGUUAUCUUAUUCAAUUUUAUAUAGUUAAAAAUUGA